CAAGUUCUCUCAUUCCGUGCAAGUUAGGUUUAGGGUUUGAGGAGACCGGGGUCCAGGGUGCUGCUGCUAUUCAGUGUCUGUUGCUCCGCAUCACGUUCCGUUUUUUCACGACUCAUUCGCCGGCCAAUUUUAACGCCAUCUGUCCCUUACAUCAGCUUAGUUUCUCUUUAUCAGGGACUUGAGGGAGAAAGAAGCCGUCGUUGCGGACUUUCUUAGAGUGGGUGAAUUUGGAAUUUGGAGCGUGCCCGUGAAGUGUAGUAGUUUCCGUGUCGCCUUGUGACGAUGGUCGGCGCUGCUGUUUCGGCGGCUCCUCGAUAUGCUCCUGCUGAUCCGACACUACCGCCCCCAUGGACAGCGUUGGUGGAUGGAAACACGGGGUAUAUCUACUACUGGAACCCUGACACAAAUAUUACACAGUAUGAUAGGCCUUUGCCUUUGGUAGGAUCCGGGCGCCCUUUACCCUCUGGUCCUCCUCCUUCGUCGGUUAUAUCUGGAACAAAGUUGGCUGCAAUUCCUAGCGGGAAAGAUCAACCUAACGGGGGUUCGAGGAGCGAUACUUUGGAUGGCUUGAAUAGCUACCAUGCACAGACAGUCAGCCACAUGCCAAAUCAACCGAAACUGGCUGCAAUCCCUGUUCCAAGAGGCUCUCAGUCAUCAGUCAAUCCGAGUAUGUUCCUUCCUGCCAGUGUCUCAGUGUCGGGAUCUGCUCCUCCUGUGGGAAUGGGAUUAUCUGGAGGUCAGAAACAUGGUGCGGGCGUUUAUGAUGAUGCCGAUCGUGAUGGUUAUUACAAGCGUCCAAGAGUAGAGGCCUAUGCAAAUGUCCCCACUUCAGAUAUCGAUUCUUACAGAAAGCUUCACGAAGUGUCUGCCUUGGGAGAAAAUGUCCCUGCUCCUUUUCUGUCAUUUGAAGCAGUUGGACUUCCACCGGACAUGCUCAGAGAGAUACAAGCGGCUGGUUUUAAAUCCCCCACGCCAAUUCAAGCUCAAUCUUGGCCAAUAGCCAUGCAAAACCGGGAUAUUGUUGCAAUUGCGAAGACCGGAUCUGGUAAAACUUUGGGUUAUUUGAUACCAGCCUUUCUUCAUCUCGAACGUCAUCGGAAUAAUUCAAGACUUGGACCAAGUGUUCUCGUGAUAGCUCCUACUCGUGAAUUAGCUACACAGAUUCAAGAGGAAUGCGUGAAGUUUGGAAGAUCCUCAAGGAUUACAAGCACGUGUGUUUAUGGAGGCGCCCCCAAAGGUCCUCAGUUGCGAGACAUCGAGCGGGGAGCUGAUAUCGUAAUAGCUACUCCAGGGCGUUUGAAUGACUUUUUGGAAGUAAAGAAAAUCAGUCUUCGGCAAGUGUCUUAUCUCGUAUUAGACGAAGCAGAUCGUAUGCUUGAUAUGGGGUUUGAGCCUCAAAUUCGAAAAAUUGUGAACGAGAUUCUGUCACGACGGCAGACUCUCAUGUAUACUGCUACGUGGCCGAAAGAAGUACGCAAGAUUGCAGGGGAUUUACUUAUCAACCCUGUCCAGGUCAACAUUGGGAACACAGAUGAGCUUUCUGCGAACAAAUCUAUUACUCAGCAUGUGGAAGUGGUUGUGCCCUAUGAGAAGCAGCGUCGACUAGAACAAAUAUUACGUUCACAAGAGCCUGGCUCUAAGAUUAUCGUAUUUUGUUCUACCAAGCGCAUGUGUGACAUGCUCUCACGCAAUUUAGGCCGUGACUUUGGCGCAGCCGCAAUCCACGGAGACAAAUCGCAAAGUGAACGGGAUUUUGUUCUGUCCCAAUUUAGGACGGGAAGAACUCCUAUCCUUGUUGCGACUGACGUGGCUGCCCGAGGGCUUGACAUUAAAGACAUCAGAGUUGUCGUGAAUUAUGAUUUCCCUACGGGAGUUGAAGACUACGUUCACCGGAUUGGACGGACAGGUCGAGCUGGUGCAACCGGGCUUGCAUAUACAUUCUUUUCUGAACAGGAUGGGAAAUAUGCGAAGGAACUUAUUAAAGUACUUGAAGGAGCUAACCAGAAGGUGCCUCAAGAACUGAAGGACAUAGCGAGUAGGGGUGGAGGGAUGUUCAAAAGUCGCACGGGCAAUCGUUGGGGUGGUGACUCUGGUAAAGGGGGAAGGGAUGGUGGACGAAGCAGCUAUGGAGGAGGGCGUGGCGAUUUUGGUGGAAGAGGUGGUUUUUAUGGUGGUGGCCGGGAUGGGGGCAGGUUUGAUAGCCGGGAUCGCUAUGGUGACCGUCUGCCAGACCGUAGUCAUGACCGAUACGUCGCACCGGGCGGGGCUAGAUAUGGGGAGAAGGACAAAAGCAAGAAUCGCAGCCGCAGCUACAGCCGAAGUCCUAGUCGGUCCAGGGCAUACAGUCGCAGCAGAAGCCGCAGCUAUGAGCGCUACAGUGACAGCAGAGGAAGAGAUCGUAGCAGAUCCCCAGCUAGUCGUAGAUCGUAUUCCCCGGACGGAGGGCGGGGUGGACGACGAUAGAAUAGCCACGCUAUAUGUAAAUUCCUGAGAAGCUUUAGGCAACUUUUCUUUGUUCCUGUGAUUUAGAGAUGAUACAUGUUCUUCACGCUCCCUUGUUUUCCUCGAAUGACGAGAGAAAACAUUGUAGUUUACUUAGAAAUGCUGCCAUUCGGUUUAUGUGGCAGCAGUAGGAAUUCACUGCUUCCCUUGCCAUCUUCGGAAGCCAUGGCAUAAAUUUCAGAGCUUCUUUCACUAGUGGCUCGCAGUUUUCCGGACCUCAUGCCUUGUCGCCAUUAGCAUUCAUGGACUUGAAUCCAUUCGGGGUUCCUUCAACAGUCUUCAAAGAUAUAAGGUGUAUGCAAGGAGCAUCAUCUAUUACCUACUUAUCAUGUGAUUUUUGUAUUUUGAAGGGUGCUAGUAGCAAUGUCUUCGCUACAGCCCAAAUCAUACUCACCAGGGAUUGCAGAAAUGUAA